GAAAAGAAAAGAUAACCCCAUCUCUUCAAAUCAAAUAAAAACACAUAAUGGAGGGAAAAUUAAAAUCUUCUUAGCUAAAAGUUUAUAUUACUUGUUUAUUAUCUUUCUGUUUUAGAGAAGUUAAUUGAUAUUAUAGCCAAAGGCAAUGAUAGAUGAUGAGCAUAAAUUUGGUUGAGAGGAGAGGAGUGGAGUAGGAGUCAGUGCUUCCAGUGAUUUCCUGCCACAAACAAGACCCUACCCUCUUUUUUUAGGUGACCCCACAAGCCUAGUUUUAGCCAACAUUUUUGAAACAGAUUUUCAAGGACAAGAUCUUGUACCAGGGAUUAUAAGCUUAGAAUCUGAUGAUAUUUCCUGUACACACACACUGGAUGAUAAAGCCAUAAAGCUACAGCAAGCAACGGAAUAAUCAGGUCUCGUUUCAUAUCAUGAGAAACAAGUGAAAGAAAGAGUGACAUGUACUAGUGUAGAGAGGAGAACUAGUCCUCAUCUUUUGUUCGUAAAACAACCUAACUCUUCUUAUUGAGAAGAAAAAGUUUUAUCAUCUUCUUUGUUUUCUGUUUGUUUCUCUAGGUAGCUAGCUUUUUAUUGUCUCUUCGUAAUUCGUAUAUCCGAGAAAAAACAACUUAGGUGGAGGAUAUUCAUAUUUUAAAUUAGAGAAAAGGGUGUCGAAAGUUAAGAUCAAAUCCAUUAAAGUGAGGAAAUGAUUUGAUUAAGAGGAUAUUUGCAUGGAGGGUACUCAUCAUCAGCAUCAGCAUCACCAUAGAAUUGGAGAAACUACUGGGUUAUCAGCUGCUGAUUCAGGCCCUUCAUCAAAUCAUCACCAUCACCAUCAUCAAUAUCCGUCGUCAUCUGUCUUUCAUGGGAUCAACUCUCCUACUACAACCUUCUUCAAUCAACAAGGUGUUUCCUUUGAUUUUGGGGAGUUGGAAGAAGCAAUCGUUUUCCAAGGUAUUGAUCAACAGAUUCGAAAUGAUGCACCUAAGAAACCUUUUCACACUUCAUCAAGACCAGCAACUGCUACACUGGAUAUGUUUCCUUCAUGGCCAAUGAGAAUCCAACAAACUCCUCCUAAAGGAAGUUCAAAAUCAGGAGAAGAGAGUACUGAUUCAGGAUCUGCUCAGAAUACUAUUUCUUGCAAAGCUGAUUCUUAUAAUCAUCAUCAUCAUCAUCAAUUUGGACCAGGUUCUCCUAUCAGUACUAGUGUUAAAGUAUUUGAUCAAAGCCAGCAAACACAAGAUUAUCAAAAGCAGCAACAACAACAACUACUGAAGAUGGCAAGUGAUGUGCCAAGAAAUGGUGCUGCUGGGCCACAACAAAAUCUACCAAAAACAUCAGAAAAGUUUCUAAAAUUUGAACUCAAUAUUUGUCCAAAAAUGCCACAGAGAAAAGGACCAGCUAUUUCUAAUUCAGAUAAACUUGAUGCAAAGACACUUAGAAGAUUAGCUCAGAAUAGAGAAGCAGCAAGGAAGAGCAGACUUAGAAAAAAGGCUUAUGUACAACAACUAGAAACUAGUAGGAUCAAGCUUACGCAAAUAGAACAAGAUCUUCAAAGAGCAAGAUCUCAGGGUUUGUUCUUAUCAGCUGGAGUUGGUGGAAACGGAAAUCUCAGCUCUGGUGCUGCUAUGUUCGAUAUGGAAUACACUAGAUGGUUAGACGAAGAUCAUAGGCAUCUUACUGAGCUUCGAUCAGCAUUACAUUCACAGUUACAAGAUGGCGAUUUAAGGAUGAUACUUGAUGGAUAUUUAGCACAUUAUGAUGAGAUCUUUCAUCUCAAAAUUGACGCUGCUAAAUGUGACGCUUUCCACCUUAUUAAUGGAAUGUGGACUACUCCUGCUGAACGUUGCUUCCUCUGGAUGGGCGGCUUUCGUCCUUCUGAUAUCCUCAAGAUAGUACUGCCCCAAGUAGACCCUUUAACGGAGCAACAGUUGAUGGGAAUUUGUGGACUUCAACAAUCUUCGCAGCAAGCUGAGGAAGCUCUCUCUCAAGGUCUAGAACAGCUUCACCAAUCAUUGGCCGAGACCAUUGCGGGUAAUUCUCUCAAUGAAUCUGCAAAUGUCGGGAAUUAUAUGGGGCAAAUGGCUGUUGCAUUGGGCAAACUCUCAAAUCUUGAAGGCUUUGUUCGACAAGCUGAUAAUCUAAGGCAACAAACACUUCAUCAAUUGCGAAGAAUUUUGACGGUUCGACAAGCAGUUAGAUGUUUCUUGGCUAUCGGGGAAUAUUACAAUCGACUACGAGCCUUAAGCUCACUCUGGGCUUCUCGCCCGCGAGAUCACCUGAACAACUUGAUUAGUGAUGAUAACUCAUGCCAAACAACAACUGAACUACAAAUGGUUCAAACACCACAUGGUUCACACAACCCUUUUUCAGCAUUCUGAUACUGGUUCCAUAUUUAAGAGAAGAUUUCUCCAUUACUUCCAUUGUAUCAUCACUAUUUACUUAGAGAAAGAUUCACCUAUGUAAAAUGUAUAAAAUCAAUUUCUCAUGCCUUAAGAAUGAAGUAGACAUCUAUGGCAUCCAGGUAGAGGAAAACCGAAAAUGUAGUUAGCACAAAUUUUACUGGGCUCCCAGCUUUAUUAUUUUGUCUCCUCAUCAAUAUGAUAAUGAAAUUUAGUUGGUUAUUAGUUUGGCGCAGAAAAUUAUAAAUGAAGAAGAACUUAGAUUGUUUCA